AGGACAAAAAACUUGGUAGGUGGUUGUGUCACACUUUUGGAUAGGCCAAUCAAAAUUUGUUGUUUGGCUAUCUUCAAAAUAAUCAUACAAACAGUGAAACUGCUACUGACAAGAGAAGCUCCUUAAUCAAUCCUUGUAAGUUUUUUUCUGACUCACAAAACCAGUGAAGAGGUGCUGCUGUUAUCAUCCGUGGGUGGUUGUAAGUGUGUUACAGUAGCUUUGCAACAGACAUGGAAACAGCCUCAGACUAUGGAGCAUUCAUGGAGAAAUUCAUUUUGCCACCAUCUUCUUCUUCCACUGAUCUUCCUUUGAAUUCACUCACCUUUGCAGUCAAAGACAUAUUUGAUGUGAAAGGGUAUGUAGCUGGAUUUGGGAAUCCUGAUUGGGCAAAGACUCAUGAGGUUGCUACUUCUACUGCUCCAACAGUUUUGGCUCUCCUUAGUGCUGGUGCCACUUGUGUUGGUAAAACUGUCAUGGAUGAAAUGGCUUACAGUAUAAACGGAGAAAAUAUACACUAUGGAACACCUAGAAAUCCUUGUGCAGAAGACCGAGUUCCCGGAGGAUCUUCUAGUGGUUCUGCUGUUGCAGUUGGUGCAAAGCUUGUUGAUUUCUCUUUGGGAACUGAUACAGGAGGAAGUGUAAGGGUGCCGGCAUCAUAUUGUGGGAUUUUUGGUUUUCGUCCUUCUCAUGGCGCUAUCUCAAAAUCGGGAGUUGUUCCUAUGGCACAAAGUUUUGAUACUGUAGGAUGGUUUGCUAGGGAUCCCAAGAUUUUAAGCAGAGUUGGACAUAUACUUUUGCAAUCUCCACAGGUCACACCUGUUAAACCUACUCAGGUUAUCAUCGCAGAGGAUUGUUUUCAGCUUUCAAGUGUUCCUUACGAAGUGGUUCCACAGACUGUCAUCAAAGCAGUACAGAAGUUAUAUGGCGAGGAUGUAUUAAGGCGUGAAAUCCUUGGUGAAUAUGUGAAGGCCAAAGUUCCGGGUUUGAAACAUUUCAUGAGUGAAGAAAACACAAAUCAAGUAUACAACAUUCCAUCACUGGCUGCACUUUCAAGCGCGAUGCGAUUACUUCAGAGGUAUGAGUUUAAGAAUAACCACAGUGAAUGGAUCAAUGCAGUCAAACCUGAUUUAGGCCCCGGAAUUUCGGAACGUGUAUCAGAUGCUCUAGGCACAACAGAGAAAGAUACUGAUAUCUGUCAUUCUAUAAAAAGGGAGUUGCGUGAUGCCCUUACUUCUCUUCUUGGGGAUUUAGGUGUUCUCGUGAUCCCGACGGUUCCAGGGCCUCCACCUAAACUACAAACAAAUUCAUCUGAAUUAGAGAUUUUCCGCGCAAGAGCUUUUAGCCUGCUGUCCAUUGUUGGAGUUUCUGGAUUUUGCCAGGUAAGCAUACCGCUAGGGAUGUAUAAUGACCUUCCUAUAUCAGUUUCUCUUGUGGCCAGGAAUGGUGCAGAUGGAUUCUUGCUUCACCUUGUAGAGAGUAUUUAUGAUAACAUAGAAAAAUAGGAAACAAGCAGCAUAGCUGAGAGCAUAAUUAAGUUACUUUUUUGUAACUGCAAUGAAAGUCAGUGUAAGCAAAUUUUUAUAUAUUCAAAUUGAAAUAAAGAAGUUUAUGGAAGUUUUAGAAAACUUUUGAAGAA